AUGUCCAGCACCAACCAAAAUCAGACCAAGUCCAACAACAACAACAGCAAGUCUGGCAAAAGGACUGCUGUGCCCCAGCCCCCCAGACCCACUGGUGUUUCCACUGGAACAGAUGUGGCUGCAGCCAUCAAUCUCUCACAUGCCCAGUCUACUGCUGCUCACAAAAGGUUAGCAGCAAGGAAGGCAACAAAGGUGACUGCACCUGAGGGUGAAGAAGGGGGAGAGAUGGAUGUCGAACAGGCGACUGCACCCAAGGGCAAAGAUGGGGGAGAGAUGGACAUGGAACAGGCAACUGCACCCGAGGGUGAAGAUGGGGGAGCGAUGGAUGUCGAACAGGUGACUGCGCCUGAGAGUGAAGAAGGGGGAGAGAUGGAUGUCGAACAGGUGACUGCACCCGAGGGUGAAGAGGGGGGAAAGAUGGUUGUCAAACAGCAUGGUGGCAAGAAGAGCCCCAAGAAAAAUUCCAAGAAACGUGGACACCAGGACGAAGUGGAAGAGACUGCAGGAACAGAAACUGGAGGGGUCUCAGAGGCAGUGUCACAGAGCAAGCGUCAGAAGAAGGCCCAUAAAGGAUCCACUAGGGCACAGAUGCCACCACCCAAGGAAAUUCUGACCAGAAAGCGUGGUCCCAAAGCUUCCAAGGGCAAAGGCAAGGUGACAACCACCGAGGAUGAGUGGGAACCCCUACCAGUCGCAAGUGGGAGCAAUGUACCAGUGGAAAAGGCAGAGCAACCGAUGGUGUAUCAGCACAAGGCAAGUAAAACUGGAGAGACAAAGAAAAUCUUUCCAAAGCUGUCUGAUCGGGUCAUCUUGAGCAAAGAUGUCGUGCCGAAUGUCAAGAAGACAGAGCUCACUGAGGCAGACUUGCAGAGCAUGGCAAACGAAAAAGCACUUGCAGACCUGUCACUGGGGUAUGCGCUGAUGACGACGAUCCGAGACAAGGCCAAUGAGCGAUGUGACCUGGAACGAGGGCCCAUACUCCGACUACGUGAAUAUAACCCAAGGCCACUCAAUGACAGAUAUCUGGUGCAGCUCAAGAAUAGCAUCAGUUUGCGAGGACUACAGAACAAGGUAGUCUGGAAUGCCAUGGUGGUAGCAGUGCCACCAGCAGUGAUUGACCUGGGUUCGCUGCGACCGGUGCAACUUGGCACCUAUACCAACCAUGUGAGGUGGACGGCGGAAGUAGCCAAGCACGAAGCGAGCUUCCUCAAUGGAAAUCACCGCCGUGAGGUGAUGAAGCUCAUGACUGUCCAACGGACCCAUGUUCAGUAUACAAAGGGGGUUCAGUUGACCAAUAGCAUCUAUGGGGAGGAGCACAAGGACAAGUUGGAAGAUCUAAUGGAUGAGGCGACGAUGGAGUUGGAACGAAGUGGGUCAUGGUUGGUUCACUUCAUCAACAAAGACAAAUUGGAUGUCCACACCAACCGCACUUGGUUGUUGGAAAACCUGAGUGGCAACACACCAGCAGUGACGCUGCCUGAUGAUGACGAUGACAAGUUGUAUCAGGUUUUGAACAUCCUUGCAACCCUGGAAAACGACCGGGAUGCCAAGGAGAAGUACGUAGAAGAAGUGCGGCGUCGAGCAGGUAGCACUCGAGUGAGCCGACUGAGUCGGAUCUUGGCAGAUGAAGAGUUGUACACAAGCGUGAUGAAACUCAUGCACCUCAAACAUUUCCAAGGAGGGACCGUCAAGUCGAAGCUGGACACUGGAUUUACGACCCGGCAACUUGAAAGCUGGCAGUGUUCCACAGGUGGAAUACAAUUACUUCUGUGUGAAUAUGUCUUAGACAUAUUCAAAUUCCUGGCAGCACCCAUUCCAGUUCCAACCUUGACAUCUGUGAGGGAACAUGCAGGUGAGGGCGAGUUGAAGGAUAAGGAGUGCAGGAAGGUGGCACGAGAAAUGUGGGCCUUGACCAUGCGAUCGCCAUACUUUGCAUGGGAGAUUGUCAAUGAGUAUGCGAACGUAUGGGGAAGUGCAUGGGCAGAUGUCACGAAGAAGCAUAUGGAUGGGAACCCAUGGCGCCUCUGGGCUGUGAAUGAUGAGAUCAGCCAAGGCAAGUGGGAGAACUUGGUGACCCAAUAUUUCCAACGACUGGCUAGUCUGGCCACCAUCGAAGGACAAAAUGUCACCCUCAGGGAGACCACCAGCGAUGAUGACAAGGUUCGUGCCACAGUGCAUGCCAAGUUGGAGUGGGUGCACGAGGGGUACAUGCUGCGAACAGGCCAUCCAUCUAGCUUCAAGGCAUUGCCCAUUGGCAACAAGUUGAUGUUCAAUAACAUCCAACGACUCUUCCACGAUCCCACUGGCAUGCCAAAGAUUGAUUUGGGAGAUAUCAUCAAGGAGGUGGUCUGCUGGGUGGAACCAUUUUUUGCCUUGGCAUGUCAACAGCGAGGAGACAGAGUAUGGCGGGAUGCAUCACGUGCAUGGAUUGCAAAUGCAUCACGGUGUGGACCAAGCUCUGAAAAAGUCAUAGCCAUGAUUGGUGAUUUCUUGUGCCAAGAGCGGCCCCACCUCCUCAUGGCACAGAGCUACCUGACGAGGAACAAUGUGGAUAUGAGAGCAUAUACUUUGGGAAAACUGCCAACGAUCAUUACAGACAAGGAAUUCUUGGGGCGUGUCGAGGCUAACAUCAAAGCCUAUCAGGAACAGGUGGAAAGCUGGACACGGGCAACACGACCCCUUCCAUAUCUCCGUCCAGCCCCCAAUCAGUCUGUUGACUUUGAGGGCUACAAUUUUGAAAACCAGACGAUAGUGGCAAAGGGCAUCAUCGACAUGAUGCGUGUCACAGCAUUCCCGAAAGCCAUGUUCAAAGGGACAGCCCAGCUGGUGAAGGCACUGGCGCCACUGAUACUUGACAAGGCAUGCCGUGAACAGCUCUUGGGAACUACAGUGGUGUGGGAGUUGCGUCGCAAAGUGCAGGGUCUCAUGCAGUUUUGUGGUGGUGUCCCAAAGGACAGUUGGACAUGGUGGGAUGGGAUACAGGAGCAACCAGAAGUUCAUUUUCCCAUGGACAAAUACGAUACCUUGGCACCCAUGAAAAACGAGACGACCGACAAUCGAGCAGUGCGUAUGGCGUUGGAGCAUGAACUGCAUGUGAAGAACAAGGCCAAGGUGGCCACUGUGGUGAAGACUUUAUUUUCUGAGGGACUUGGGGUGAUGAAGAAUGGUCAGGUUUCACCUGAUCUGUAUGAUGCUGCAAAGAGAUGCCUGGAGCUUGCCAUACUAGAGUCAGAGCGACAUGUUGCCCAGCUGGCCGACCCUCUGGAGGAUGUGGAGGGCAUGAAGUUUUCCAAUGCAAUGUGGGAAACCUAUGAAGUCAAGAUGCCACCAAGGGCCGAUGACGAUACCACCACAAGUUGCUGGGGUCCACAGGAAGGUAGGGGUCUGGACUCAUUUAGAAAAGCUGGCACAUUUGUUCAUGGGGACCGGGAAUUGCUGGCGGAGGAAGCGAAGUUGAAAGCAAAAGAAGGGAGGCAAUUGAAGAAGGAGAUGAGUGAGGUGGAGAAAGCCCGGGUAUUCCAGCCCAGGGGGGCACAUAUGAAGAAGCUGAGUGCCAGGGUGGCACGAAUCAAUCAGAGGAAGAAUGCACAGGAUGAUGAGUGCCAUGUAGCAGACUUUGACAAACGGAUGGAGGAGGAGGAGCGACUGGCUACCGUUGCUGCUGCCAAAUUGACAGAGACUUUGAAAGGGCUGUCCUUCAAGAAGAUUGAUCCCACUGAAUUGGCAGGGGAUGGAGAAGGGGAGACUGGGCCUAGCACCCAUGACACACCACAGCAGACUACCCCAGAUGAAUGGGAAAUUUCACAAUUGGAAGAGGAUGAGCCUACUGCAGCCAAGUCUGGCAAGAAAAAUCAAAGGGGCCUAGCAGUGGUCAAAGGCACAUGCAAGGCAAAGACAGGCAAGUGCCUCUUGGAGGGCUUAGAGAAAGACGUCAAACUGGGAAAGCGGCUACAGAAGAAAGAAUUGACUGCAGCGGAGGCCAAGGCAGUCAGGCAGAGCUUGAAGGGCUUUUUGGAUACUGAGGCCAUUGCAGAAGGUAGCGGCAGUGAGGAUGAGACAUCAGAAGACUCAGAUGGUGAGAAUUCAUUUAUCAACGAUGACUCUGCCAGCGAGAAGGGAGAGGAGGGGGGAGAUGAAGAGGAGGAACGGAGUGGGUCUGAAAAUGUGCGAAUACCCGAUACGGAAUCUAAUCCAGGGUCUGGUACAGAUGAUAUGGCUUCAGAGUGUGGUACAGGAUCGGAUGCAGAGUCAGAAUAG